CCCGUCGCUAAUAACAUUAGCGGCGGGGAUAUUACCGGCGGGUUAUGGUGAUAGCAGUAGGACCCGCCGGUAAUAGUGUAUUACCGGUGGGUGAAUAUUAAUACUGGCGGAUCCCCGCCGGUAAUAAUGUUAUAUAAUGGUUUUUUGUGAGAGUCUUCGGCCUCCCUUCGCAGAUCUCUCUUCGCUCCCACAGUCGCUCCUCCACAUCGGACCCUCGCUGCUUCUCUCCGACCACCGCGAAUACCAUAGACUGUUGCUCCUCCACUCGCCGCUCCUCUCCGACAACUGUGAACCCCCCACAGUCGCUCCUCCACUCGGCGCUCAUCUCCGACCACCGCAAACCUCCUCACAGUCGCUCCGAGUUCAAGAUGCAAUUGAGAUUCUGGAGUAUGUUCUUAAAUUGCGCGAAGAAAAGCUUGGAAUUGCAAAUCCUGAUUUCGAAGACGAGAAGAGAAGGCUACAAGAGCUUCUGAAGGAAGCAGGCAAGACACGAGACAGAAAAGCGACACCACUCGAAAACCUCAUUGAUCCCAGCUCGAAGAAGACGAAGAAAGAGGCGGCAAAGAGGUGGCCUGGCUUGGGGUUUAGAAUUUAAAAUAAGAAAAAAAAAAAAGGAAAGGUCCACAUUCUUAAGUACCCCCCUCCUACAUCCAUCUGAUUUCUUACAAAAUGCACAUUCUGUAACAUAGAUCAUCAUCAUGUAGAGGGUUGAAGUUUUUAAAUUUCUGCGAGGUUUUUUCGUCCGUUUCUCGAGCUUUGGAAUUCUCUCUCAUUUAUUUUUCUCCUGGUUAAUUAUUUCAUUGAAAUGUCUGCUGUUGUGAGCUUGAAGUUAGUUGUUCACUGAUAAAAAAAAAAGUUAUGAAUCCGAGUGAA